UUCAAAUCCUUUCCUAUCACCACUACACAUAUAAGACCACCCAACAGUCAUCAAUCCGCAACGAAGCCAACUAUCAACGCAAUACCCCAAAAGCACAUACGCAUUAUAAACCGACACUAUGUCCUACGUAGAUGACACGCCCGUUGUUAUCGGCAAGAGCCGUGGCCCUGGUGGGGGUGCCCAGCGCGAAACUGUCGUGCGCGGCAAGGGUGCCCUCAACGCCGCCAUGCGCAGCGGUAACGUUGCAGCCGAGAAGAAGUUCGCAGCCGGCAACGCCGCCAGCAAGCCCGGCGUCGAAGGCCAGCGCCUGACCAAGGUCGACCGCUCCGACGACAUCAUCAAACCCAACACGGUAGGCAAGGUGGUGGGCGAUGCCAUCAGCCAGACGCGGCAGAAGAUGGAGCCUAAGAUGACGCAGAAGGACCUGGCGACCAAGUGCAACACUACCCCCACGGUGAUCGCCGACUUUGAGCGCGGCACCGCCACCCCCGACCAGAAGGUUCUUGGUGCCAUGGAGCGCGUCCUCAACGUCAAGCUCCGCGGCACUGGCAUCGGAGAGCCCCGAUUCAAGAAGAAGGACGACAAGAAAUAAACGGGACUUUCGUGAAAAUAAUCGAAGAAGGGUUGAGUCGGUGAUGGACUAAACUCUAACUAACUAGCUGGCAGAAAUGGGAAAUGAGGACUGUUCAGCAAAGGUAGCCAUUGAGGAUAGACGUUUUUAUUAGCAUUCGAUCCCUUUACAGAUGACCACUCUUUGAGAAGUGGCUCUGGAUCACGUUAGACCGUUAGACACAAGAGAUUCGACCACAACUUCUUCAGAUUUGAAUCUGGGCUUUAUUCAAGACUCAUGACA